AUGGAACAGGACGAGCGUUUCGUUCCCACCGUUCGCUUCAAGCGCGCCCCUAAGGAGGUUAAGCCACGUUCAGACGCUCGUUUCGCUCGUCUGUUUGAGUCGGACGAGGGUCCUCGUAAGGGCGGCCAUAAGAUCGACCCUUUCGGCCGACCUCUAGGGGAUGCGUAUGACGAGGAUGUGUCCUCUAGUGACGACGAAUCCGAGGAGUCCGUAGAGCAGCUCGCUGCCGACUCCACUACCGAGGCUGAGGAGAAGAAAGACGACAUAGAAUACGGUGAAGCUAGUAACCGUCUCGCGGUUGUCGGCUGCGAUUGGGACAACAUCAAUGCGUCAGACUUGUUUGUCUUAUUCGAGACUAUGUACCGCUCCAUAACGUCAAACCACACAGGUUGCGUGCGUCGCGCAGCUGUGUACCUCUCUGACUUUGGCAAGGAACGCUUGGAGCACGAGAAUCUGCACGGUCCGUCGCUGCAAUCUAGCGAGGACUUACGUGACGAAGAGCUCGAUGAAACUGCUCGUCAGGAGGCUCUACGUAAGUACCAGGCCGAGCGCGCACGCUACUACUACGGCAUCGUCGAAUUCGAAAGCGAGGAACAGGCGAAGCUGCUGUACGACGAGAUGGACGGCAUUGAGGCCGAUUUCGCGUUUUCCGGUUUGGAUCUCCGUUUCGUGCCAUCCGAAAUUGCGUUUGAGCGGGAGCCGACAUCGGAAUGCUUCGAAAUUCCGAGUAACUACGAGCCUCCCCUGGCGAGCACUUCUGCAUUUCGCCACUCCCGCGUGGAGUGCAAGUGGGACAUGCCGUCGAUGAAGCGCUUUAAGACGCUGACUAAGAAGUUCAAGGAACAGGACAUCGAGUCCCUCGAGCUGCAGGAGUACCUGGCAUCUGACGAUGAUGAGGUCGACGUUUCUAAAUACAAGUCACUUCUGACUGACAAGCCCGAGCCCUCGGAACCCGUUAAGACAGAGGACGGCAGGGUGAAAACCAAGGUCGGGAAGUACACGAUAUCGUUCGGGGCGCCGGAAGGCAUCCCCGAUUUGGCUGAGAUCGAUUUGGUCAGCAAAAAGACCCGUAAGACGAAGACGAAGUCCAAGCGCGACCGUGAAAGUGCCGACUUGGAAGCUGAUGACGUGCGUGACUUCGACGCCCGUAAACCGCAGGAGCAGCAGCCCGGCUUCCAGGGUGAAUUUGAGGACCGUCGCUUUAACCGCGUGCUGAAGGAUCCUGAUUUCGCAAUAGACACUCGCCACCCGAAGUAUCGCGUACGUGCCUGCGCGUUUUGUAAUGACGUCGUGUCAGAACACGGAUUUCAACAAGAAUCUGCUGCGCAAGAAGUCGGAGUUAAAACGUUCGCAAUGAGCCUAAAUUUCGACACGUCGCUGUUGCGCCGUUUUCUGUUGGCGGGCGGCGACGGCACCGCUGCCGAGGAGCUUUUGCGCAACGUGUCUGUAGAAGAGAUAGUGCUCGGCCUGUCCCAGCUGGGUGACGAGUGCUUCCCCGGUAGUUACGAUGAGGAGAGCGACGUCGCCUCCAGUGCAAGCGAUCAGUACCUGGGCAUUCUCCUGGUGCGCACUUUGGAUAAACUGCUGACCAAGCACAGGACCGUAACGCUUUUGCAGAACCAGCAGGUCGCCGAAUUAUUAUCGCAACGCAUUCCGUCCAGUGCGUACCCCGUGCGCCGGCUAUUCGCGUCCAAAUGUGAACUUUAUUUCAGCGAAACCGGCGUUGGCAGCGAGUUUCUGGAGGACGUGCUUUGGAGGCUCUUGUUGGACCCAGAGUAUCGCAUUUUCGAGCACUGCUCACGGGCUAUAUGUGCGGUAAAUAACAAUAGCAGACAUAUUACAGCUUCUCAGCUACUGAGGCGUCGUCCGGGCUUCCUGGACGAUAAACGUCUGGAGACGAUUCGUGGCGCUAUGUGCAAUGCCGAUUCUGACAGCAUCAUAUCCGUGCGAAUGGCCGAGUUUUGCGCGUAUAUUGGCGGCGCAUCAGAUGCGGUCUUUAAAACACUCCUGGAUGCCGGUUUGUGCCGCGCCUUGCUGGACUUGUACAUGUCUGCCGACAGUUUGGUCAAGCUCAACAUUUUGGAGCUUCUGGACCGCAGCUCAGUAUUCGUUUCCCGACUCUUGGCGUCUAACACCAUUACGCACGAUUUCAUCGCGUAUGCGAUUUCAGUGACGACCGACGAGGGCGAUUCUUACGACAACGUCCUGCUAGCUCCGUAUCUGUUGAGGAUGAUGCUGUCGAUGCUGCCGCAUGAGAACAUCCUGACGUCCGAAGACUGCAAAUCUCUGAGCAGGGCCGUAUCAGGCGUCAUAAUGGAAGGAAACGCACAAAAAGCGUCGCCUCUUUUUCUAUGUGCAGUUCAGAACUUCGGCGCGCUCUACCUCCUGGGCCACAUGUCGGCAGAGGUUUGUCGCAAUUUGGAGGGCAAGGUUAACUCAACGGUUGACGAUCGCGUGGUGUCGUCGGCAGUUGCAACUCUGGAUGUCAUGUGCGAGGCAGACCUGGAGAGCGACAGAUUCGCAUUCUUGCGCGAUAUGACUCGAUGUGUCGUCGCGGCUCUGUCACGCUUCCCCUUUUCUGACGUACGCGAAACUGCAUACAGAUACUUGUUGAAAGCCAUAAAGUUUGACGAAGUGGCGCGUGACCUGCUGGAUCACGAAUCGAAGACGCGCCUGUUUAGCAGUGAGGAAAACCUGCACGCGAACACCGUUGCGAAGAAGCAGCUAACCAGACAACUGGUGAAACGAUUUGAUGAGCUCAGCAGCGGAUCUGCCAGUCCCAUGGGCGAUGGAGGCAUCGCCAUGCUGCGCAAAUACGCCAGCAGUUGA